CUGAACUGUGCAGGUAUUUUGGUGUUUUGAACUUUCACAUUAGCUUUACUGAAGAAAGAGGUCAUAAAAGUGUUUGUACGAGUGAUAUCUACAGCUGGUUCGGACUUUCCUCGCGAGGUCUUUAAUGGUAAUCGUAAGAACGGGAAGCCAAGGUUAAACUAGUAGCAUGUGAUCUCUUUAUAGAAAGCAACUCGAAGUGGCCGCCUUAAGACUUGCUAUAUCAUUGCAAAGUACAUUCAGUUUAUUAAAAACCAUGAAGAACGUGAAGGAAAACGUUUCGUUCACGUGUAUGCACUUUCGGGAUAAGCUUACGUCUGUAAAAGCAGUGAGUACUUUACUAUGAACAAAAGAAAUUGAACCUUGAUGCUAUAAUCAGAGUUCAUGAGCAGAGGAUGUUUACUAAGUAAUUACUGAGAGAAUCAACAGCUCAGAGAAAACUGCGAUGAAUAAAACUCGUAAAAGGAGUACUAGAGAUUUGGAUGUAGAGACAAGUGACUACAUUCAUCUACAAGGGACCGGAUUAUCAGCAAACAACGACGUAAGUUUGGACCACACUGGCGUCAAAAAAGAUAAGAUUAGGGAUGGUUAUAGUGAAAACUUAAGCACUGGAUCAAGUGAUUGCAGCUAUGACCAAGCUACUGGUAUUAUAAGCAUUACAGAAGCUGAAUGUGAAGAAGAGGUUGAUGUUGGAUCAAACGACUAUUUGAAUGAUCAAGUGUCUGAUAAUUUGCAACAAAAGAGUACUGAGUCUAACAGUGCAGGGGAAAUUUAUAUGGAAGUGAAUGGAAAUGGUGAUUGUAUGGAAAACAUAAGUGCUGGGUCCGUUAACUGCAUAAGUGAUCAAAACGCUGGGAUAUCUUCUACCAAAGGUGGAGAAUUGAAUAAAAAAAGUACUGAAACCAGUGACUUGAAGUUACCAGCAAUUCAACCCAAAAUAUUUAGUCAUGAACUUGGUAGGGGUUCCAUUAGUUUAGAAAAGGAACCUGUUUCCAUAGAUGUCCUCUCAACGGAUGGUGAACAGCUUGGUGGUGAAGAAGAUGAGGAUGAUGAAGAUGUUGAUCAUUGUAAUCGCUUUUAUUUUGAGUCAGAUCAUUUGGCAUUGAAAGACAAUAAACAGUAAGUGUAAUUUUUAAGAUAAAAACAUGCUCUGCAGUAGCUAUGAGAUGGUUUCCUGCAUUCGCUUAACAUGUACCAGAAAAGACCAAUAACAGCACUCUUUUCACUUGAUAGUACAGCAACAGUAUCAUGCAAAUUCCCACAGUAUAUUCCUGCUUAUUGCCUAAUGGAGACCAGCAUUACAUGAUCAAAAGGUCAUUAUCCGUGUCAAAGUGACUAAAUUGUUAGACAAGCAAUCAUAUAACAUGAUGAAUGAUAUAAAUCAUUACAAUUCUCACUUAUCAGUCAAAGUGUUUCGUCAAUUAUCCUUGUAUGGUAAAUUAAUGAAACAUUAGUAAUCAACUAGAAGUAAAUUAAUGAUUUACAUGUAUACUGGAAUUGAUGAUUAAUCACUGAUAAAAAAUUUUGUGACUUUUAUCAUGAUUGAUUUUUAUCUGUAAAUGAUAAAUCAUCAUGUUAAAAAGUCACAAUGUUAAAUAAAUUAUGAUGUUUUCCUGUUGGAUCAGUUAUUCUUAUUACAACAACAACAUAGCAACUCUCCAAAGGGAUCUAUAUAUGCACUGCCAGUUAUUGAGGACUUUUAAUGGAAAUGAAGGUAAUUAAAAAAAUUCUACUUGGACUACUGAUUUACCUACACCAGUAGGUUAACGUGACAGUUUGAUUGAUUACUGAUUAUUGUCUUUUUCUUUACUGACCACUCCAGGCAAUAAGACAGGUUACCAUAGCAACAGAUUAAAAUGCCCUUUAUCUUGCUUUUAAGUGAUGGUGACUCAAAAGCUUGCACAACUCCCCUUCUGCUAUCACAUUUCAAAAAGUAUUAAACAGGAGCAAAUUUCUAGCAACCUUAAUUUUUAAUUGUUUUUUGUAGUUAUCAUCUGCUUUUACAGUCCUUGUUGGUUCUAGAAUCACAAAGGAGUCAAGCUGUCAAGGUAAUUUUAAAUUUCUAUCAUAAAAAGUGUGUAAGCUGCAAUACAAUAAUAUUUUUUGGAGGUCAUGCAGCCAUAGAUACAAAAAAUCUCUACGUAACUGACUCUUAUAAUAUUAUUGGCCGCAAACAUCUCGUUUGUGUUGCAAACACAUGCCACAUGGGCUGAUUGCUUAUCAAAGGAUUACAAAUAAAUAAAAAUUAUUAGAUAAUGUGAUGGGGAUGUGGUAGAGACCCUGUUGUGAGUCAACUCUUGAAUGUGAUUGUUGUAGGUGAAAUUAGUUCUCAUUUUUAACCAGAAUUUUUUUUGUCUCCCUUAAGGUAAUAAUGGCUAGGAAUCAAAGGAAAUUCUGAAUCAAUCUAGGUUGAAUCCUGUUUUAAUCUGAGAAUGGAUUUUACCUACAAUCAUUCAUGACCACUUACUGCAACAACCACCGAAUCUUGUUAUUUUGGGUGGCCCAUGCACUUACAAGAAGUUGGGCUGUGUUUACCUUCUGAAGAAAUGAAAAAUUAAGUUGCUGUGUUUCUUUUCUUUCUAUUUUUUAAAGGACCUUGAUGUUCUUUACAAACAACAAGCUAAAGCUCUUCAAGAUCCCAUCAGCUUUGUGGAGAAGCUACAAAAUAAUGUAAUGUUCAAUAAUCUUAUUAAACAUUAAUUUACUUACUGGAAGAAUGUCAGUACUGUGGUUGUCAGUAGUCAGCACAACUAAAUGCUGCAAUGGUUGUUAAUGUGGGUUGUCUACCUUAAUUGAAUGUCUUGAUGUAUUGUCAAGAAUGUAUUGUUUCUACUUGGCUACUUCAACCUGAAAACACCAUUAGAAAUAACAUUACAACUGCAUCAUAAGCUAACAGGGGAAGGCCUUUUGCCAUUACAUGUGCGUCAUACUCCUUGCUCACCUCAUGCUUGCCUUCGCUUGCCUGAAAAACAUGAAAAAAUAAUGGCAGUUCUGCAGGCUUACCUUUUGCAUCUACAGAGGUUGACAGUGACACACAGUGUGACUUUCAUGAUUAUUUUUCACACCUCAUAGGGAUGGUACUAAUGCUUUACUAUACCUAUUAGUGCCAACUCACACUCAUUAUAUGUUUGUCAUGUGCCCAUAAAUUGAAAACUUCAGCCUCAGUAAAGCUACCGGACAAUUCACUUGCAUAACAGACAAUUCCAAAAAAAAAAAACAACCAAGUAGGUUAUCUCACCAAGAUAUUUGCAAUCUCAGCUAUAAAAGCUUCUCAAGAUCUCAUGAUACCUUGGUAAGAUGGUGCCUUGAAAAUCAUCAGAACAUCUGAGGAGGUCUUCUGUCAUGUUGAAAAGUCCCCUUAAUGUCUUCAGGACAUUUCUGAAGUUGAAAAUCACAUGCAUGUGACUUAGCAAAAGUCGGAAGGUAUAUUUAUGUUAGCUCAUGAAUUAUUGAUUCUUUAUCUGUUUCCUUUUGUUUUAUUCAGGAGCCUUUGAAUCUUCCAACACGACACAAUGUAGUUAAGCUUCCAUUCAUUCCCUGGGAGGAGUACUCCAUAUCCCUUAGCACACUUGACAAGCAGAGAUUAAGCAACCCACAUCACACUAGAGCUGCCACCUCACAGAAUCCAGGAAAAGGUAUGACUUUUUUAUGAAGGCCAGCUUAAUAACGGAACCUCUUAAAGUAAUUCUUGAUACUAGCCAUAUCUUUACUAACCUUCAUAUGGGUUUGCUUUGCUAGCCCUGGAUACACUCAGAGUAAAAGGGGUUUACUUUAUCACUUUCUCUUAUAAAGCAGUAUUAAAAAUAGACAAAAAUUAUAGUAAAGGAAAUAUAGAACAAAGGCCUCCAUUCCAGUGUUGUCUGUUCGUAUCACUCAGUCAGGUACAUUGUAACUAGAAGUUAGAAAUAUAUUAAUAUAAAUUUGUAAAUAUAUUAAUGCCACCAUAGUUUUUACUGUAGGUUUUUAUUUUUUGUUUUACAGCUAGUGAUUCUGCAACAAAUUCUACUGAUGGAAAUGAAAGUGCAUCAAUGUCUUCAGAAAGUAAUCUAUAUAGUGUGUUUGGAGGGGAAUUUGUAGCAAGCAAGCAUGGAAAGCCAUUAGGGCGAGAAAGGUGUGGGUACCUUUUGAGAUGUUUCUACUUUGUAAUAACAUUUUUUUUUUUAUUAGCUUUGCCCUGAAGAAUACAAAAAAAAAACACUGAAGAUAUGCAAACACUAGUAAUAAGAACGUAACAAUACACUAAUAAUAACUUAAAUAUUUGGGCAGGGACACCGCAACAGCUAAAGCUAAUUUCUGCGGACCCAAAAAAUAAAAUAAAAAUCACAUGCAGCAGUUAAUUUCUUGGUCUAAAACCCUGGCUGUGUUACAUUUCAAGCAAAUACUUUUGAAGCUCCUUGGAGAGUCCGGGUCAUAGUUUAUUGCUAGAGCCCGCGAGUAAUAACUGUAAAGAACAGAUUUAAAGUUCUCAAAAGUAACGUUGUCUAGGUCAAGUCUAGUAAUAAGCAGAUUCCAGAUUCUAGUGGUUCUAAUGAAAAAAGAUUUCUGAAAGGUAGAAGUCCUGCAUGUUUUAGGCACAAAAGAUUGAGAGCUCGUUACAGAUAUAUGGGUCCUUCACGCGCAUUCGCGCAUGAAGGGAAUAACAGACGGAUCUAAGUGAAUCAUAUUAUGCGUAGCCUUGUAAAAGUAUACUAGAUCUAGUAACUUGUGGCAGUAGCACACAGGAAGUACGUUUACAGACAUUAGUCUUUCUUUGUAAGAGAUAUUUGUUAAAAAAGGCAAGCAAAGACAGUAUCAGCAUCUAUGACGCCACGUGAUAACCAGAUCAGAUCCAGGCAGAAUUUGUUGUUGGGUAAUAGCCUGGGACCAAGAAAAUUGCAUCUAGUAAAAAAUUUGGCUGAUAUUUUUACUGAAAUUUGUGGUAUCGGCUUUUAUUGAUAUAAUGAAUAUGCCAGCGAACUUUCAGAAAAAUAUUGGGAGCAGAAGUCCGUAACUAAAAGUCGCUCAAAAUUCAGCUGUCAAAUUGUUUUGGAAUUGCAAAAAUAAAUUACUAUCAGGUAGAAGGAGCAACCAGUUCAAAUUUUUGGGACAAGUAAAUUCAAUGUUUGCUAAUUUUGAAAACAAAAACUGAUUGCCUAUCGUGCUAUAGCCUCCCCUCAGACGUCCUUUGGGGUUUGUUCGUCACGCAUUCAUUUCUUCCCUACAGAGAAAUGAAUGCAUGACGAACGAACCCCAAGGACGUCUGCGGGGAGGCUAAUCGUGCUAUUUUUUAAACGGUACUUUUUAGUGUAGAAGCUCUGUAAAUUGUUCCAAACCUUGUACUGACAUUGAAUGCUCUGUUCCUCGAAAUUUUUAAAAUAAAAGUCAGACGUCUCAUAUGAGACGUCUGCUGUCAUAUAAUUGUUAUCAGUCGUCUGAUGUCAUUUGUCUUUUAUCAGACAUCUGAUGUCAGACGUCUGAUAUCAGACAAAUAACAUCAGAUGUCUGAUGUCAGACGUUUGACAUCAGACAGCUGCUGUCAUAUAACUGUUAUCAGACAUCUGAUGUCUGAUUUUAUAUGUUAUGUUAUAUAACUGUCAUCAGACGUCUGAUAACAGUUAUAUAAUGUCAGACGUCUGCUAACAGUUAUAUGACAGCAGACGUCUGAUGUCAGACGUCUGCUGUCAUGUAACUGUUAUCAGAUGUCUGAUGUUAUAUGUUAUGUUAUAUGACUGUUAUCAGAGGUCUGAUGUCUAAUAUCAGACGUCUAAUAACAGUUAUAGGAUGUCAGACAUCUGAUAACAGUUAUAUGACAGCAGACGUCUGAUGUCAGAUGUCUGCUGUCAUAUAACUGUUAUCAGACGUCUGAUUUUAUAUGUUAUGUUAUAUAACUGUUAUCAGAUGUCUGAUAAUAGAUAUCAUGAUGUCAGACGUCUGAUAUGAGACGUCUGCUGUCAUAUAAUGUUUAUCAGACAUCUGAUGUCAUUUGUCUCAUAUCAGACGUCUGAUAUGAAAUCAGACAUCUGAUAACAGUUACAUGACAGCAGACGUCUGAUGUCAGAUGUCUGAUAUCACACAUCUGCUGUAAUAUAACUGUUACCAGACGUCAGAUUUUUGAUUUUAUAUGUUAUGUUAUAUAACUGUUAUCAAGCGUCUGGUAACAGUUAUAUGAUUGCAGUUGUAUGUCAGCAGACGUCUGAUGUCAGAUGUCUGCUGUCAUAUAACUGUUAUCAGACGUCUGAUGUUAUAUGUUAUGUUAUAUAACUGUUAUCAGACGUCUGAUAACAGUUAUGUGAUGUCAGUUGUCUAAAGUCAGAGGUCUGAUAUGAGACGUCUGCUGUCAUAUAAUUGUUUUCAGUAUCUGAUGUCAUUUGUCUUUCAUCAGACGUCUGAUGUCAGACGUCUGAUAUCAGACAAAUAACAUCAGACGUCUGAUGUCUGAUUUUAUAUGUUAUGUUAUAUAACUGUCAUCAGACAUCUGAUGUCUAAUAUCAGACGUCUGAUAACAGUUAUAUGACAGCAGACGUCUGAUGUCAGACGUCUGCUGUCAUAAACACUGGGUUUUUGAGGAAAAAAUGUAUUGAAACUGGUGCCUCGAAAAUCAUCCUUUCCUGAAUCCUGAUAAAACUAAGCUUAUUGUUUAUGGAAGACGGCAAUGGUUACAAAAUCUUUCGGAUAUCCGUUUCUCCCUUUUAGGAAAAGAACUAAUACCAGCACGCUUCGUUUAAGACCAAGGCGUGACUUUUGACUCGAGCCUUACUUUUCACGAGCUCAUCGUUAAAACAGUUUCUUCCUGCUUCUCAAGUUUAGUUCAAAUCAAUCGUGUUAAGCACAUGUUUGACAGAUCGACUUAAACCACAAUACCGUAUUUAUUCGAAUAAGCGCCCAACCUCGAAUAGGCCCUCAUCCUGAAGGCAGAAAAAGUUAAUAAGCGCCCAGCCUCGAAUAAGCGCCCACCCCCACCCCACUCCCUCCCACACAAACUCCAAUAAGAGAUAAUAAGGACCCUCCCGAAGCGAAGACGGAGUUUUCUUCAGAGUAUUGUACAGAAACCUUGCUUUGUUACAUCUUCGCUUUUUGUUGCUACCAUUAUUAAUUUUAUUGUUUUGUUGCAAAAUAAACUUGCUGAGAAUGGUGAAAAUUUAAUGAGCGCCCAGCCUCGAAUAAGCUCCCACCUCGAAUAAGCGCCCACUAUCAAGGUCCAAAAAUUUAAUAAGCGCCCAGGGCAGUUAAUCGAAUAAAUACGGUAAUUAAGACGGAAUCUAUGACGAAUUUGAGUAAUAUUAUUUUUCAGUGUAAAAAAACCGAAGUUACGAUGGGGUGUUCUUGAGUUAAGCUCUCGUUAUAUUAACAACAUUCGCCUUUUAGUGGCGACUGAAGAAUCGACAUUAGGCUGAAUGAAUUGACCUGUUACUCUUGUGUAUUCUGGGUACGUACCGUCAGACAUGACAACAUGAUAAAACACCUUGUCAUUGCUAAGUAAUGUAAAUGCUUUUUACUGUCAUUUCCUUUAGUUUAACCAGUGUUUUUACCACAAGAAGUAGUGAUGCAACAAAUGGCAAAGUGGUACGUGGUCGUUUCUGCGACGACCAGAAACCAGUUACAUUUAAUCAACCAUGGACAACCGAAGAACAGGUAUGCGUAGAUUCUGGAGUACUCCUGGUUGGUUGGGGGGGGGGGGGGGGGGGUAGGGGGUGCUCCCUAAAACCCUUACCGUAUUUUAGACAAAAUUUUUUGAUUUUUUCUACUUUUUGAAACCCUAAAACCCCGUUUUUAAAGAAAAAAAUGAUAUAUGAAAACCUACCUAUUCACAGACCUGGCGAAAAGAACAAAACCAAAAUUCACAAUAGUGAGGCUGACUUCACGAAAUAGGUGUAAUUAACUCAUGGAUGAGAAUCAAGCUGUGAAGACGGUGUUAGGUGCUCGGUGGUGUCGUGUUGGGUGGGGGUGGUGGGGGGGCAGGGGAGAGGCGUUAGGCGUGCUUCCUAAAACCCUGAUCCUAUUUUAGACCAAAUUAUAUGAUUUUUCCUACUUAUUUGAAACCUAAACUACCGUUCUGAAAGCAAAAAAUGAUACAUGAAGAACUACCUCAUUCCAGACCUUGGUCAAAGCACAAAACCUUAAUUCAGAACAAAAUGGUGAAAAGGGGCCAAACCCAUACCUUUUGGUGUCACACAUAGCCAUUUUGCUUAUCUGAGGGAGUCCCUCUAACUUUAGCCUCCCACGCAGACGUUCUUAGAGGUUCGUCACGACGCGUUCCUGGGGCAGGAACGCGUGAUGAACCCCUAAAACUGACCUUUGCUUGGGGGGCUACUCUAACUUGUGCACAGUUGGAAAAGGAAGAAAGGAAGCCGGAUGGCAAUCAUGGGACGAAGUGAGGACCAUAGCAGCUAACCGAGAAAAGCCUGGGGAAACACUCUGUGGAGGGAGGGAGGCCUUACAUGUAUGUGUCAUGAGGCAUAAGGAGAAUAGGUGAAGGUGAAGGGAUUCCCUCCCCGGGCUUUCAUAUUUAUGUGGCCUGGAUUUGUUUAUGUGGUUCUAACCUGCAGUACAGGCGUUUGCUUUGGGCGCGCGAAUGUUCUUGCUCGCGAAAGCGCCAUGUUGAAACUCCAAAAGAGAGGAGAAAUUGGGGCAAGUCUCCCCGAUGUCCCUGUCUUAAAAUCAAAGAUGGCGGCUACAAUAGUACGAACUUAAACAAGCUUUCGCCCGCCCAAAAUAUGCCUGCACUGCAGGUUAAUUUGGUUCCCCCAUUUGAAUUUGAGACUGGGGUGCCGUUGUGGGUUGGGCCUGCAUAAUGAGUCAGAUCGGUCUCGAGUUAUUUUAAGGCUGGCUUCAUGUAAACAGAGCAAGGUAUUGUUACUUAGUGGAGAACAAUCCAGCUAGUUUUUGCGGCUCUUUGUCCGACAGUUUUUGUUUCACCUCCAGGCCAAAUUGGAGAAGUUGCUGCAGAUUUAUCCUCAAGAAGAAGUAGAGUCUAAGAGAUGGGAGAAAAUUGCGGCAGCAUUGGGAAACAGAACAUUAAAACAGGUUCUUUUUUUGUUAUAUUCUAAGGUGUAUGUCAGACUAACCGUUAGAAUUAAAAGCAGGAAGGCAGGGUCUCUACUCCACCUCUCCUCAAUUCAACUCUCGUAGUCAACAGUAGUUUACUAUCACUUGAUUCCAUCUGAAUGAUGGUAUUGGACAAUAACAUAGAACUUAAAUGAUUUGAUGGUCACACAUCCACAAAGUGAGUUGUCGUCUACCAUAUCCCUUAUUUGGGUGAAAUUUGGAGAUGUUGGUGUUCGUAGAGGCAAGAUAGAGCUGCAGAUAACAACCGGUCAUCGGGUUAUGUCCGACUAAAGUUAACCUAUGUUCGACCAAAGUUAUCUAUGGUAGGGAGUGAUGUCUGGAUACCCAAGACUAUCGUUUUUCCACUUUAAUGAAAUCUACCAUGAUCCAGUGAAUUUAUGGACGAGUGAUAAGUCCAGCUGCGAAUUCCGAGAAUACCAUGCACGAUGCGUCCAUGAUUGACUCCACUUACUAUUUGCUCAGUAAAAAGUGCUCUUAUCGCAAAAACGCUUUAUUUGACCCCCAAUGUUCAUGGUGGAAUUGUGAUUGCCAUGUAAAGACAACAAAAUUUUGCAAAGGUGAAGACAGCAUGAUAAAACCACUCCCAUACGACCUGCUCUUUAUUACAACCCACUUUUUUCUGGCCCGGACAGCGCAGUUAUUUUCGUACGUUGCAACCUACGUAACACGUCCACCCCAUUAUUAAGACGAACGAUUACUUUUUGUUGCUCCCAAUCGUCACAUUUCCUUGGUUAAUAUGACCAGUCGAAUUGUCUUGGUGAGAUUUGUUGGCAAGUGGAAAAAGACGAAGAAAGACGUUUUUUUACUGAAAGUCGUUCAAAGUGUGUAAUUGAACGCUCUAUAGAUAUAUGUUUUAAGAUGUAUUGUCAGACUCAAUACAUCUUGUCAUCACUACGUAGUUAGGCUUAUAGUUUCCUUAUAGCUUAUUUUCAUGGCCCAAAACUGGUCGUAUUGGUGGAAAAUUAAUAUCUGGCUACUUUCAGUUCUCGAAAAUUUUAGGUUCGACCGCCUAAUGAUUAAUCUUCCCUUUUAUUUAGGUUGCCAGCAGAGUGCAGAAAUACUUCAUCAAAUUAGCCAAAUCUGGAUUGCCUGUUCCGGGACGAAUGCCCAACCUUCCACGGCCUGGAGUUAGGGUUAGUUUACGGGGGUGGUGGUGGGUCAAGUCGCCCGAAAGUCGUCUCGCCCGAAAUUAUGUCCUCCGAAAUUUAAAGUAAAGUUGCCCGAAAUCCUGAGUUAUGUCGCCCAAAAUUUGAUCAUGCUCCACAACACCCUAACAUUCUAUUACACAUUUAUCGCGCUUGUUUCGUCUCAUCAUUACGCAGUUACUUUCGCGUUUCACCUCAUUAUGGUUUAAAGGACGAGAUCUAUGACACACAUUACUUUAUUCCACUUUAUUUCUCAUUGUGUUGCACCUGUUAUAAUUUCAGGCGACCUAACUAUAAUUUUCGGGCGAUAUAACUCUGCUUUCAUGCGACAUAACUUCGGGCGAGAUGACUUUCGGGCGACUUGACCGGUUGCCGCUAGAGCGCACUCUCCGCUACAUCUACAUCUCUCCACUACAUCGACAGCUGACCCAGCUUUGGUUACUGGUUACUGCGAAGUUGCGUAUGAAACGGAGUCAAAAUUCGUUCCCCAAUCUGACAGUCUCAUAGUCUGAUAGUAGGGAGUUAAAGAUACCACGAGGGCGAUGGGCACGAAAACGUCACUUAAAAAGUUAAUUUGCGUUCUUUAAAUCUCUAUCGUGAUUAUUCCAACUCGCAUACUUCGUCAAAUGUAAGUGACUUCCCCUGGAGCCGAAUUCUUAAAAACCAUAUCCAAAUUCAGAGAAAAUUUCGUCGUCUCUUGUUUACGUCCUCUAUAAAACGUGAAAUUAGGCAAUUUCCCGUCGUAGUCGUGCAACGAUGCUGGUUAAAGAAAUCAGUACAAAAAAGCGUGGUGCACGUCAAGCUAUAGCUUUUUUUACGUUCUCAUUGACGUCGCCCUCGUGGUAUCUUAAACUGCUUAGUGCAAUAAAAACAACUACCCAGUCUUACAUAUAACCUCAACAUUGCCAAUUCGCCACUUUAGAAACGUGAGAGAGACUGGGCCGAGUUAACUGUCACAAAGUCUUCUGGGACUGUUACUAGGGACAGGGAAAAUAAUUGGCCAAUAGCUGACCGGCGCGUUCUCAGUAACUAUCCCAGAAACAAUUCCGGGACGCAUUUCGGCUCCAGUUCCCUUCCCGUUUUUUACAUGGAGGUUGGGGACCCCAGGUAGGUGACGUAACCCGCGGCGGGUCACCCCACCUAUCAUGUAAACGUGAUCAAAUUAAUAUAAGAGCUUAUAUGGCCUGGCGGGUUACCACACAUUAGCGGGUUACCUCACCUACCUGGAGUCCCUCACCUCCAUGUAAACAGGUCCUAAACCUAUUGCUUUUAUGCCGUUCUUGUUGACGUCGCCGUCGUCGUUGCUAUUAGAGGAUGUUAGCAUCAACAACGAGUACGAGUACGAGAACGACUUCAAGCCGUACUCGUACUCGAAGUCGUUUUCUCAGCUUUCUAUGUUAGCGAUGACACCGAGUUCGAGUUUAUAGAAAAUAAAAUUAUGGGAUUCCGCUUGACUGGGCGCCAAAUUUGAGUCGAGGUAGCGCUUCCACGACAAUUUCGAAAACAAAAAAUGACUCUUAAAAAUUUAACCUAGGUUAAAACCGAUUUUUCGAGGUAACUCGAAGGAUGGUUAGUCGCGGUCUUAAAACACGUUAAAACCCAUCAAAUUCAACACAACAACCACACUGGAUAAAGAAGUAAGUGUUCUUUAUUGAUAUCUUCGACUGUUGGGAUAUUUUCGACCAAAUAAUGGCAAUUUUAGGGGUUAUUUCGUGAGCCUGUGAGGCCUGUGGAGAGACAUGAAACUUUCCCGGGUAAAUGCAAAUUUACUCUGUGUAGGAAAUAUCGCGUUCGGUUGCUUUUUCUCGACUUCAAAAGCAGUAUUUUACAUAAAACAUGGUAUAAGGAAGGUUCAAGAUGAUAAAGAGAGGCAAGAAACGAAAAGAAACUGCAUUAAACGAUCGGAAUUUACCUUUGAAAACCAGCUCUUCCAAGUCGUUCUACCCACUUCGAGUUUUUGGUGAGAACUCGUCGUAGUGCGACUUGACAGGACGACUUGAAAACGUGGAGAUGCGCAGAACGGAUGCGCAGUACACAAAAUCGCUGAUCUCGUUCUAGAACUCGUACUCGUUGUCGAUGCUAACAUCCUCUAUUCACGCAAAUGGAACGGGAAUUUCUGUUCCAACGGGAAGGUCGUCCGUUUGUUGCGGAAAAUUUCCGGUCGAACCGCGCGUACCAUUUGCAUUUAAACCGGUCAAACCGGAAAUUUUGCCUAAAUGGAAAGCGCCCCUGGUUUUCUUAUACGGUUCCAAUUGUUGCAGAGCAAACGGGCAUCUCAUCACUAUCAAGCUCUUGGUUUUCGUAAUUCCACGUUCUUUCCGUCGUAUCGACCGAAAGUUUUGAUGGACGACGAAGAUGACACAUCAAGCAUAGCCACAGAUGACACGGGCGGAUAUUUGUCGGUAAGGUGACUGCUUUUUCAAUAAAGAGAUCUUUUAAAAUGGUAGCUUCAUCGCUUCUUUCACAAUGUAGCUUACUGCUGGUCAUUAUUAAGCGAUGAAUUUGAGUGAUCGCGAUACACUGUUCAUAAAUGCGCUUGUUUGUGUAUCAAAGUAUCACGUUGUUUGUGUUUGGUUUCAAUGUCAUGGUUUCACUGUCAGGGAUGGCACUAGGAUUUUUCAAUCUGGGCCCUCGGACCCACAUGUCCGGUCAAAUUGGGGUCCCAAGCAUUUUUUGGUGGGUCCCAAAAUCUUGGUGACCCUCCCCUAAGAAAUCCUUUUUGUUGUUGUUAUGAGAAAGAAUGACUGGCAAAUUACUGUCAUACUGUUAACUAGGCUUAAUUGUCUUUUUCUUUGUUUGAAAACAUCAACUUUAGACAAUACAAUGCGUUAACGCGAUCUCUGCUGUGACUUUAUGUGAUUAAAAGUAAUGCUGUGAAGAAUCCUAAAAGAGUCACAGAGCUUAUAAUGAUUGGACUUCCUCUUUUAGGGCCGGCCUGUUUACACGGAGAUGAGGGAUAGGUAACCCGCCUGUCCAUAGCCCCACCUCCAUGUAAACAGGCCCUUAAAGUUAAUAGCUGAUAGGGAAAUUCAAGUAAGUCAAUCAAUAGCAGAGCUUCAGUUAACAUUUAAUCUUCGGCAUCCUAUCUUAAAGGACGAGGAAUCAGUGCCAGCUCAUCUACGAGAUACGGAGGAUUACAAAGAGCUCAUGGAACUCAAGAGAAUCAAGAGGCAAAAAAUUGUGGAAUAUCAGGUACUGCAUGCGGUCUAAGCAUAGUAAAUUUCAUCGGUUUUUCUGUGGUGAGUCCGAAGCGCAUCUAAACCCUUACCUUUAACUACAAUGCUGCUUUUACAUCCUAAGUUGUUUAUGGAGAAAUAUUAAUCUGGUGGGGGAGGGGUCAUUUCUAUAAAGGGGAGCUCUGUUAUCAACGUUGCGCGAAGAUUUUUGUCCACAAACUUUAGCGACAAAGUCUUUAGUAAUUCUUGAAUAUUUGAAAGCGCAAGAUAUUUUUUCUCCGAGUACUGAUGUGCUUGGUUUCACCAACGUAACAGUCACUGAAUCCUUGUGUAAGAAGUUACAACUGACUUAGUGACUUUGGUUUCUUGACGCAAAACAAACUCCUAAUUUUCAGAGGCCUCGCUUCACUAUCAAAUUCUUUUCUGUAAGAAAAAUAAAUUGGCUCACUACUGAAAGGAAUUGCUGUUGUAAACUUCAACUUUGAUCUGCUUGGAAAGCAUGAGAGAGUUUGUAUUUAUUUAUUUAUUUAUUUAUUUACAGCAAACGGAGGAAAGAGUCCUGCAUAACGGAUUUAUGGUAAACCAGGCAACGCCAGUUAUUCUGUUUUUCAAUCAAAUUAGAGGCAGGAGAUGGGCGAAUACCAAACGCCUAGGCCCCAGUUGUUCAAACGGUAGAUGAUGCUAUCCAGUGCAUAAAGCUCUAUCGUCUGGAUACUGAUUAACUCAAUGUAUAGUCCAGUUGAUAACCACGUGAUGCGAAUUUACUUAUGCGUUCACUUUUUGUUGGCGAGUGUGAAUGAUAUAUUAAAUAAUAAUGAAUAUUUUCGACUUCGCAGUGCGAUGGCUGUGGAGUAAGUCCCAUACCAGGCACAAGAUGGCACUGUAAUGACUGUUCGAAAGAUAAUAGUGUUGAUUUCUGCAACGAGUGUGUCGAAAGGUUGGUAUAAACUUGAACUGUCAGGCUUAAAAACUGACCCUCGGGUAGUGCAGGCGUUGGUAAGGGAAGGGGAAAGGGGGGGAAAUAAAGGGGGGACGCAACGUGUUCUCAAGGGAAUUCUCCCCUGUCAUUAAAAACUGCCACACAAGCGACGAAUCAUGGCGCAGACUAGCCCGCAUAACAGGCACUUUAUGAGCCAAGGGAGGCGAACGCGGGAUUUUGCGGGAAACGCCGUGUUCGCCACGCUUGGUUCAUAAAGCGCCUGUUAUGAAGGCUAGGUGCAGUCCCAUUGUCUUCUUUUAGGUCCCGUUGAUAUGGAUACCCGGGGUGCACUCCUGGAAAUUCUUGAUGGGGGUGUGCCUCCCGGAUGCUCAAAUCCUGACCCUAUUUCAGACCCCAAACUAUUAUUUUAAGACCUGUAAUAGGCCGAAAUUAAGUCAUCAUUACUUGGACUGGAACGCCAACAAAAAAAAUCGAAAUCCAUUUCGAAUCCGCAUGUUUCUCUUUCAUUCUUACUCAUUUGGAAUUGAAAUAAUAAAUUCGUUUUUAAACUCAUCCCGUAGAUCCCUUGAAAACCAUACUCGAUUCCAGACUAAAAUGGGCAAAGUCUAUACCCGUUUUCAGACCGAAACGGCGCGAAAACCAUACCCCUUGAGACGGCACAUACCUAGCAUGCAAGCAAGCUCUCCUAUUUGGGCGAGCCUCGCGAGAACGCGCCUGCCCCUCGCGGCUUCGCCGCUCGCUCGCGUGUUCUCGCGAGACUCGCUUCGCUCGCCCAAAUAGGAGAGCUUGCUCGCAGGCUAGAACAUACCUAUAUGACUUACAUAAGGGAGUGCCCUCCCCCCCUACCCCUUUAUGGAGAAAACUUGUCCCCGGUGGAGGGGUCUCUCGCCAAACCGAACUACCCUGGAGGGGCCAACAUUUCCUCACAAAACUUGGCGAACACUUAACAUGAGAAACAAAAAGUUUGGUCCGGCUAUUAGGGUCACCCAUCUAGCCAACCCAACUUUUCUCCGUAUAAAAACGUUGGCUCACCCAGCCGGGUCAACUCGGUCAAGGUGAGUCAAUCAGAGCAUACGCGAACGCUAUUGACCAGGGGCAAAGGAUUCAACGUUUUUCCCAUAUAAACGAUCUCUAAAGUUGACUCGCCUGAAGGGUACCCGUUCUUUUGCGGGACGACUUUUCUCCAUAUAAACAGGACCUUAGACUCUUAACAAACCGUUUGGAAGGUUUGGUUUAGUCUCCAGGAGGCUUCCUCAAAUUUACGCUUCAUGAGGUGGGUGUGCUUAAUUCAGAAAGGGGAUUUAUAUCGUAUGCCCUGAAAAAUGUUUGUAUAACACUACGAUAACAGUACAAUAACUGAACAAAAACGGUUAGCAGAUAUUUACUUGGUCUUUAGUUCCCGAAUACUUUCUAAAUUUGGCUUCCAAAGGGUAAUAUUGUUGGUCGUGAAAUAUCUCCUGUAGCAUUCAAUUUUUUUCUUCCUUCAGGGGCAACGUUAAUAUUGGUUCUCAUUCGAGCGAACAUAGCCUGGAGCCAGCAAAAGGAAACUCUUCCUUCUUUGUGGAUGGAGAUUAUGUCGGAUUUAGUGAAGGAGCCACGAGUACAGGCUAUAACUAUUUGGAUCCUAAUUUCUUGCCCUCCGCGAGAUAGCACCUGCUGAAAGCAGAUGAACUCCACCAGAUGAAACAUCAUACGACGCAAAACUAGGCUGCGUAACGAAAACGCUUUUGGCCUCGUUUUGAAGUAAAAGCUUGGUAGUUGCAGCAAAAUAAAU